UUCGUUUCUAAAUUGAUUAGUGUAUGCGUUGAACUUGUAUAUGAUUAUAAAAGUCAAAAGCCAAGAUAUAUGAAUGUACGGUUUAACCAUACAAGUUGUAAAUAUCAUAUAUCUACGUUAAAAAUGUCCGACAAAGUGACGGAUAAAGAAACAAUCCAAGUAGGUCUGCGAAAAUACAAAGGGACGAGUGUGUUUUCGUCCUGUGAAGUGGAGAAGAUACCUGAAAUGACCAUCAUAGAAGACGAUGUUUGGAUUCUGACUUUUCCGCGAUCAGGUACCACGCUGACCCAGGAGAUUGUGUGGUUGCUGUGUAACAAGGUGGACACUGAAGCUGCCCGGGCCACGCCCCUUGAUGCCAGGUUCCCUUUCCUUGACAUAAACACACCGGAAUUCCCGCUCUUCAGGGGAAUACAGAGCGUGGAAGAACAGAAGUCGCCUCGUCUCAUCAAGACACAUUUACACCGCCAUCUACUUCCCUCCGAUCUAUUUCGCAGCAAAUGUAAGAAGAUCUAUGUGUUGCGGAACCCCAAAGACGCGUUCGUAUCCUGUAUGAUGCUCGUCAAGUUCCUUCAGCAACAUGAAGCCAGUAUGCCCCUUGAAGAUUUCCUCGACUUCUGGCUAUCGGGAGAUGCUUAUGCAACACCAUGGUGGCUACAUGUCCGCGACUUCUGGGCACACAGAGAUGACCCUAGCUUUCUCUUUCUACGAUACGAAGAAAUGGUCACGGACAUGAAAGCAGCUAUACGAAGUAUUGCUGACCAUCUAGGUGUGGAGGUCACUGAUGACGAUGUGGACAAGAUAAAUGACCACUGUACCUUCCGGAGUAUGAAGGAGAACGAGUCUACAAAUGCAAUCUGGAUGAGGGAUUGUACAAACGUAGACCAAAGUUUCGGGGGACAUGUACGGAAAGGUAAAGUAGGCGGAUGGCGGGAGCAUUUAACACCGGAAAUGAGCGGGAAAAUCGACAGCAUGGUGCACGAGAAACUCGGACAUCUUGACAUUAAUUUCGACUACGGGGAAUAAUAGUAAUUCCAGUAUAUAAGGACGUUUUCAACAUUGUCUCAAUAAUUCCAUGCUUUCUGUUGAACUGACCUGUUCCCUUUUUAAAGACGACAUAUUAAGCACUCAAUAAAAUUCUAGA